AUGAAGCACUUCCUCAGAGUGGUGACCCAGUUCUUCGUGUUCCUCUACUGUAAACUGCUGUGGCGGGGCCUGAAGUUUGUCGCCAGGAAGUUGACGGGACGCUGCGAGCUGCAGAGGAUCUGCUACAACAACAAGCAUGGAGCCCGCAGGACCCUGAAGAUCGAGUCGUCCCUGAGGUUCUCCAAGAAUGGGCUGCUACAGUCGGCCCUCAGCGUCCAUCAUGAUAAAGUGGAUAAGACCAUCGACGACAUCAUGGCCUUGAAGAAGAUCAACCCUGACACCAACCCACAGCUGGGCAUCUCUCUGCAGGCCAGUCUGCUGCAGAUCGUGGGCUACAGGAGUCUGGUGAUGGAGGUGGAGAAGCUGCGCAGGGAACCGUACGACUGUGAAAACUCUGAGCACGAGGAGAUGCUGAUGAAGCUGUGGAAGGAGCUGCGUCCCGACACACCUCUCACCGGCCGCAUCUCUAAGCAGUGGUGUGAGAUCGGUUUCCAAGGCAGCGAUCCCAAGACCGACUUCAGAGGAAUGGGUCUGCUGGGCCUCCAUAACCUGCUGUAUUUUGCCGAACACGACAAGGCCACUGCUCUGCAGAUGCUCAACGACUCCCUGCAGCCGAAGCACAAGAGCACAAACCAAAAGCAAAGUGAGAUUAACAAGCCUGAAUGGGAACAGAAGAACCUUGACAAGGCUAUUGGUUACUCCUUUGCCAUCGUGGGCAUCAACAUCACGGACCUGGCUCACUCUCUGCUGGUGAGUGGAGCUCUGAAGACUCACCUGUACAACGUGGCCCCGGAGAUGCCCAGUCUGCAGCACCUCCAGCAGACCUUCUGUUACCUGAUGCAGGAGUUCCACCGCUUCUGGGUGGAGGAGGAUCCCAGCGACAUCAUGGAGUUCAACCGGGUUCGCUCCAAGUUCCACCGGAGGAUCCUGCGACAGCUGAAGAACCCGGACAUGGCUCUGUGUCCCCACUUCGCCGCCUCCGACCUCCACCUGGUCAACCUCUAA